AUGCUGAACAACAUGUCUAUGAUACCGUACAAUGGCGGCAACCUGGACGUGGUGCUUCGACACAACGAUUCCGUGGUGGUCUUCGAUCAUGAUUCUCAGCAACUUGCUUUGAGAAACACUGCGGACGAGGGUGAGGGUGAUAUGGAGCUUGCGAAUUGCCCGCUAUGCCACCGUCCAAUGCAUGAACCCAAUCGAGGGAGGCAUCGUGACAGCACAGAUCCAGAAGCAGAAUUUAUCAAUCCAAACUACUUUCGCAUGCUUGACAACAGUCUACCGAGUUCAGAAAGCUCAACGAGACCUUCUUCGCCGCACCGUCGCCUAGUUCGAUCUGCACUGCCCGCCGGGCCUACGAGUGAACCCACGUCCAGAACCUCUCCCGUUCAAAGUCAAGGGAUAUCUUCGUCAGCAUUCAGCCCAGACUACUUCAAGCGUUUCUUUGUGGAGGAAAAAGUUCUCGGCAAAGGUGGCAAGGGCGUGGUUUUGCUGGUCAGACACGUCCUAGAUGGUGUCUCUCUCGGACAUUUUGCUUGUAAGCGUGUCCCGGUCGGAGACGACCAUGAGUGGUUGGAAAAGGUGCUUGGAGAGGUACAGCUCUUGCAAAAUCUCUCGCACCAAAACUUGGUCUCUUAUCGCCAUGUAUGGCUUGAAAAUGCUAGGAUCAGCACCUUUGGCCCUAGCGUUCCCUGCGCGUUCAUCAUCCAACAGUACUGUAAUGCGGGCGAUUUACAUCACUACCUUUGCGGGAAUAUACAAACGACGACCACGGCUCAACAACUCAAAGACCGGCUGCGCAGAAAGUCCAAAGGGGAAACGGAUCCGAAACCAGAGACUGGAGGUCCCAGAAAGCUCCAAUUGGACGAGAUCUAUUCCUUCUUCAGAGACAUCACCGCUGGGCUCCGUCACCUUCAUAUGAACGGUUACAUCCACCGCGAUUUGAAGCCUAACAACUGUCUUCUUCACGAGACAAGUGAUGGUCUGAGAGUUCUUGUGAGCGAUUUUGGCGAAGUUCAAUCACAAAAUGCAAUGCGCAAGUCAACUGGCGCCACAGGAACAGUUUCAUACUGCGCCCCCGAAGUUCUUCGGCAAGAAUAUCCCGGCGGACCCUUUGGAAAUUUCACGUUCAAGUCUGAUAUCUUCUCACUGGGGAUGAUCCUUUAUUUCUUGUGCUUCGGUGAUCUUCCCUACCACGGCGCCGAUAUCUUGAAUGAAGAUAACGAGGACUUGGAUCAGCUUCGCGAAGAGAUUACGCACUGGCCUGGAUUUGACAACGUGCGGCGGAGAAGGCGUGAUCUGCCAGCCAAGCUAUAUUCAUUCCUGGAUCGCCUGCUCUCUGUGGACCCGGGCCAACGUCCGACAGCGGAUGACGUUCUGAAUGAAAUUCAAGCGGCCAACAAUGCUAGUGAGAGUUUCAGAUUUAAGCGCAAUAAUUCAACAGGCCCAGACAUGAAUGGACCUGGAAGGGUCUGUGCAGUCGAAUCUGCAUCUCCACAACGUAUGUCAGAACGGGCACUUUCACCUAUCAAGAAAAGAACUGCUCAAAGCCCGGUUUCUGUACGGCAAGAAUCGGUUUUUGACACGAACCCGGGAAUCAGCAGCACCCUGGUAUCUGAUACGGCUUUGGACACUCGGCGCUCUUCAAUGAACCCAGAGAAGGACAUGGUCAUGCGGCAGAGGUUCUCAAACCCUCCAUCAAAUCUCAUGGAAAGAUCGCUGCCUUUGCACGAAGAGAUGCUAGGACCCCAGACUCAGCCUGUACCACAUGUGCAGCAACUCCUCCCUCCACCACCGCCCUCCCCAUUCGCAAUGAUGCGCCGCUUCGGCACGUCGGUGAUUUCACCCACCCUGCAAGUCUCGCUGUUCCUAUUCAAGGUGGUCACAGUGCUGCACCCUUGUUCACCCAUGGUUGUUAAACCGUGGCUACUGUAUCCCCUGCUUCUUUUGGCAGCGGUCACCAUGAGGACAUAUGAUUACCGUGUCCAGGCGAUCUCGACACUGUGUCAUAUUCUCAUUGUGACCCUCGGCAUGAAGCUGGGGAUGCUCUGUACCUGGAACCACAAUUACGCAAUAGGAGUCUGA